CGCACAUACAUGACGUAGGCAGCGCGCCAAGAUUCUUCCAGCCGCCGUAGACAGGAGAUAUCUUUCACGGUAGGGUCUCAAACCCAAGACCUCACCCACGCUGGGCAAGUAUUCUAACAAACACCUGCAGAUGGCCCUCGUACUUCGUUUUUACGUUCGCCCCUCUGGCCACGAGGGGGCAGCGUGUGGACACAGUCUUCGGAAACUGCAAGGGAAACUGCCAGAGCUGGAGAAUGUUGAGACCGAGCUGUGCUACAACGUGAACUGGACAGCUGAGACCCUCCCAAGUGCCCAGGAGAUGAAGAAGCUAAAGUGGCUGUUUGGCUGCCCCUUGUUCCUGGAUGGUGUUGCUCAGGAGUCCUGGCUCCAUCCUGGCUCCAGUGACCUGCUGCUGGAGGUCGGGCCCAGGCUGAACUUCUCCACCCCAACAUCCACCAACAUCGUCUCCGUGUGCCAGGCUGCUGGACUGGUUGCUGUGGACCGUGUGGAGCCGACCCGGCGCUACCGACUCUCGUUUGCCUGCCAUCCUUCGGCUGAGAUGAAGGCUGUGGCCUUGGCUGCCCUGCAUGACCGGAUGACCGAGCAGCUCUUCCCCCAUCCCAUCCAGAGCUUCCUCCCUGAGAGUAUCCCAGCCCCGCUUAGCGGCCCCAUCGACAUCCUGGCAGAGGGCCGGUCUGCCCUGGAGAAGGCCAACCAGGAGCUAGGUCUGGCUCUAGACUCCUGGGACCUGGAUUUCUACACUAAGCGUUUCCAGGAGCUGCAGCGGAACCCCAGCACCGUGGAGGCCUUUGACUUGGCUCAGUCCAAUAGUGAGCACAGCCGGCACUGGUUCUUCAAGGGCCAGCUCCACCUGGACGGGAAGAAGCGGGCACACUCCUUGUUUGAGUCCAUCAUGAGCACUCAGGCAGCCUCAAACGCCAACAAUGUCCUCAAGUUCUGUGAUAACAGCAGUGCAAUCCAGGGGAAGGAAGUCCGAUUCCUGCAGCCCGAGGACUCUACAAAGCCAAGCUGCUUCCGGCAACAACAGCAGCUGAGACAUGUCGUCUUCACAGCAGAGACACACAACUUCCCCACAGGAGUGUCCCCCUUCAGUGGUGCAACCACAGGCACGGGCGGCCGGAUCCGAGAUGUCCAGUGCACGGGCCGCGGGGCCCACGUGGUGGCUGGCACUGCUGGCUAUUGCUUUGGAAACCUCUUCAUCCCAGGCUAUAAUCUUCCCUGGGAGGAUCCAAGCUUCCAGUACCCUGGGAACUUUGCCCGGCCUCUGGAGAUUGCCAUUGAGGCCAGUAAUGGGGCAUCUGACUACGGCAACAAGUUUGGGGAGCCAGUCCUAGCUGGCUUUGCCCGCUCCUUGGGCCUCCAGCUCCCAGAUGGCCAGCGGCGUGAGUGGAUCAAGCCCAUCAUGUUCAGUGGGGGCAUUGGGUCCAUGGAAGCUGAGCAUGUGGGGAAGGAGCCCCCAGAGCCAGGGAUGGAAGUUGUAAAGGUUGGAGGUCCUGUGUACAGGAUUGGAGUUGGGGGUGGAGCUGCUUCCUCUGUGCAGGUGCAGGGAGACAACUCCAGUGACCUGGACUUUGGGGCUGUGCAGCGGGGAGACCCGGAGAUGGAACAGAAGAUGAACCGUGUGAUCCGGGCUUGUGUGGAGGCCUCCAGGGGAAACCCCAUCUGCAGCCUCCAUGACCAGGGCGCUGGUGGCAAUGGCAACGUCCUGAAGGAGCUGAGUGACCCGGCGGGAGCCAUCAUUUACACCAGCCGCUUCCAGCUGGGGGACCCAACUCUGAAUGCUCUGGAAAUCUGGGGUGCCGAGUACCAGGAGUCAAAUGCACUUCUUCUGAGGCCCCCCAACCGGGACUUCCUGAGUCGUGUCAGUGCCCGGGAACGCUGCCCAGUUUCCUUUGUGGGCACCAUCACCGGAGACAAGAGAAUUGUGCUGGUGGAUGAUCGUGAGAGCCCCGUAGGAAUAAACGGCCGAGGGGACGCCCCUGCAGCCUCUCCCCCAACCCCUGUGGACCUGGAGCUCGACUGGGUGCUGGGCAAGAUGCCUCGGAAGGAGUUCUUCCUCCAGAGGGAGCCCCCUGUGCUGCAGCCCCUGGCCUUGCCUCCCGGGCUGACUGUGCGCCAGGCUUUGGAGCGGGUUCUCAGGCUUCCCGCCGUGGCCAGCAAGCGCUACCUCACCAACAAGGUGGACCGCUCGGUAGGUGGCCUUGUGGCCCAACAGCAGUGUGUUGGGCCCCUGCAGACUCCACUGGCCGACGUAGCUGUCGUGGCACUGAGUCACCAGGAGCUUGUAGGGGCUGCCACGGCCCUGGGAGAGCAACCUGUUAAGAGCCUGCUGGACCCCAAGGUUGCUGCCCGGCUGGCAGUGGCCGAAGCCCUUACCAACUUGGUCUUUGCCUGGGUCACUGAUCUGCGGGAUGUGAAAUGCAGUGGGAACUGGAUGUGGGCAGCCAAGCUGCCAGGCGAAGGUGCAGCUCUGGCUGAUGCCUGUGAGGCUAUGGUGACAGUGAUGGCGGCCCUGGGUGUGGCGGUAGAUGGCGGCAAGGACUCCCUCAGCAUGGCUGCCCGGGUUGGCUCUGAGACUGUGCGGGCUCCUGGGGCACUGGUCAUCUCGGCCUACGCUGUCUGUCCAGACAUCACAGCCACCGUGACCCCUGACCUCAAGCAUCCUGGAGGAAGAGGCCACCUCCUGUAUGUACCUCUGAGCCCUGGGCAGCACCGGCUGGGGGGCACAGCUCUGGCCCAGUGCUUCUCCCAGCUUGGGGAGCAGCCUCCUGACCUGGACCUUCCUGAGAACCUGGUGCGUGCCUUCAGCAUCACACAGGGGCUGCUGAAAGACCGCCUCCUUUGUGCAGGCCAUGACAUCAGUGAUGGAGGCCUUGUCACCUGCCUGCUAGAAAUGGCCUUUGCUGGGAAUUGCGGGAUAGAAGUGGAUGUGCCUGCCCCUGGGGUCGAUGCAUUGGCGGUGCUGUUUGCUGAGGAGCCAGGCCUGGUGCUGGAGGUGCGAGAGCCUGACCUGGCUGGAGUGCUGCAGCGCUAUCAGGGUGCCGGCCUCUGCUGCUUGGAACUGGGCCGCACGGGCGAGGCUGGGCCCCAUGCCGUGGUCCGGGUCUCAGUGAAUGGGGUCGUGGCUGUGGAGGAACCUGUCGGGCAGCUGCGAGCCCUCUGGGAGGAGACGAGUUUCCAGCUGGACCGGCUGCAGGCAGAGCCACGCUGUGUGGCGGAGGAGGAACAAGGCCUGAAGGAGCGGACGGGGCCCACCUAUUGCUUACCCCCGACCUUCCCCAGGGCCUCUGUGCCCCGGGAGCCUGGUGGUCCCAGCCCCCGAGUCGCCAUCUUAAGAGAAGAGGGUAGUAAUGGAGACCGGGAGAUGGCAGAUGCCUUCCACUUGGCUGGGUUUGAGGUGUGGGAUGUGACCAUGCAAGACCUCUGCUCUGGAGCCAUCGGGCUAGACACAUUCCGUGGUGUGGCCUUUGUGGGUGGCUUUAGCUACGCAGACGUCCUAGGCUCUGCCAAAGGUUGGGCAGCUGCCGUGACCUUUAAUCCGAAGGCCAGGGCCGAGCUGAGUCGCUUCCGGAAGCGGCCGGACACCUUCAGCCUGGGGGUGUGCAAUGGCUGUCAGCUGCUGGCUCUGCUGGGCUGGGUGGGAGGUGACACUGACGAAGAGGCCGGGGAGGUGGGCCCUGACUCCUGGCCAGCCCAGCCGAGCCUCCUGCUAUGCCACAACCUGUCCGGGCGCUACGAGUCCCGCUGGGCCAGUGUACGUGUGGGGCCUGGGCCGGCCCUGAUGCUGCGAGGGAUGGAGGGCGCGGUGCUGCCUGUGUGGAGUGCCCAUGGAGAAGGUUACAUGGCAUUUUCUUCUCCGGAACUCCAAGCCCGGAUGGAGGCCAGUGGCUUGGUUCCCUUGCAUUGGGCAGACGAUGACGGAAACCCUACAGAGCAGUACCCUCUGAAUCCCAACGGGUCACCAGGAGGCAUGGCUGGCGUCUGCUCACGCGAUGGCCGCCACCUGGCUCUCAUGCCUCAUCCCGAGCGAGCUGUGAGGCCUUGGCAGUGGGCAUGGCGACCCUCUCCAUUUGACAUGCUCACCACCUCCCCCUGGCUGCAGCUCUUCGUCAAUGCCCGAGACUGGACCCGGGGAGGCUGCUGAGCCCGCCGGGAGGCGCCUGCCACACCUCGAUCCCUGAGUGUUGCUGCCCCCUCUUCCCUCUGCACUCUCCCCUGUCGCCUUCAGGAGCCCUGUACAUGGUUUCUAGAAGUGUCUUGGAUAGAUGGGGACCAAAACGCCAAAGCUUCUGAGCCAGUUUGCUUUUCGGCCUGCUUGAGGCCUGCACGGCUGAGCUGUUCCCAGGGCUUCUGUGCCACAUGGUUGGCGUCCUCACACUAGGCAGUAGCCUGUGCCCCUGAGGAAGGAGACUGCGGCAAAGUUCGGCUUUAGGGGGCCAGCGGGGGUUCCCUUGGCCCUGCCUCACUUCCCCAGCGAUCACCUUGUGCCUCGUUCCCCUUAUCUGGGCUCUGAGGGAUGUUUCAUGUCCCUCCAUCACUGGGGUUCAGAGUCUGGGGACAGAGCUGAUCAGCCCCUUCUGACCUCAUUCUCUAAAAACAGCAGAAGCUUUCUGGAUUCCUUUUGAAAUGUGCUGUCCUAGUGUAAGGCCAUACAACCCUGAGUGCGCCUGGUCUUGUCUGAAAUGUGCUGUCCUAGGUGUAAAUAAUUGCUGUUGGCAGAAGUGCCCCUGAUGGGGUUUCUGGCUGUGUGUCAGGGCCAGCCUGGUGCCAGGCUCUGAACUCAUUAUUCUUGGUGUUUCUCCUGACUUAGCAGCUCUCUUUCUGAUAGUAGUUGACACCUUCAUUUCUUUUUUUUUUUUUUUUUUGACACCUUCAUUUCAAAAGGGCGCCUUUAGUUUAUUGUCCUACCUCAUCAUUUGUGCCAUUUAUGUUUCUUGUGCCAAGCGAUGGCAUUGCUCUUAAGGAGUUUAUGGUCUAAUAGAAUUUAAAAUAAUAAGCUGGGAGUAGUGGCACAUGCCUCUAAUCCUAGCACCCAGAGAUGAGGCAGGAAGGUUGCUGCAAGUUUAAGGCCAGCCUGGACAGUAUAAUAAGACCCUGUAUCCAAAUAUAUAUGAAAUAAUAGCUGUGUAUAGCACUGCUGAGCCAAGGAGCACCCCCAUGUACUUGAGAUCAAACUCGGCCUUCCCACUGAGCUACAUCCCUAGUCUUUAAAGAAUUUUUUUUUUUUUUGCAGGUACGGUGGUGCAUGCUUAUAG